AUGGAAGACACCGACUCGAAGAGCAAUCCACACAAAAAGUCCAAGGUAGCUGACAGGCGUUGGGUUCCUAUUGGCAGUCCUUCAUGGCUGUCGAAUAUGAGCCAUCAUACCACCGCUUGCAAUAAGAUUGCUUCGAAGAUUGCAGCAGAAGCAAUCAAUAAUAACACAAAGCCGUUUGGAACCGAACUCUUUUGGACACCAGGAAUAGUUCUCAAUCAAAAUCAAAUCGACAACAAUUCUGUGUGGCCGUAUUUUGAUCUGCGAGAUCCUGCCAACCCCACAAGGGUUCCCCCUGCCCAUGUUCGCUUGUCAGAUUGGUGGGUGGCUGCCGUCAUCACAAACGAAGAUAUAACUGCCCGAAAAAGGGGGAAAGUCUGGACUUUCGAUUUUGAUGCCAAUGGAUUGAUAAAAACAACUCGAGUGCCCCGGGGAGAGCCCGUAAUCGUCGAAUUGAACGGUGACUUGUUCCUACCUGUUGUAAAGCAAUUCUAUGUUCUUUGUGGGCAAGAAAUGGCACUAAGAAUCCCGUGGGUUAUCAACUUCCCCCCCAAAAAGACGCUUUACCUGUGGACAAACAUGUUCAGGAUGCCGAAGGAGUAUUGCAACCUUGCGCCAGAGAAUGCCAUUAAAGCCAAUUUUCCGGGGCAGCGUUUAAAAUGCUACACAUACCAGGGACUACUGUCUUAUGAGCUGCCUACCAAAAAAGUUUUGGUCCUUCAAGCAGACAAUCCAGCGACUUUGCCAUCCGAUUUUGCUGAUGACUCUAUCUCCCUCUCAACAAAAGGAGACUUUGCAAAGAAUGACCAGAAACCAAACCAUUCUCCUUCUCUGGACCCGGUUCCGCUCCAAUCUGCUUUGCAAGAGGAAACAACCACUGACAACACAAAGCCUACCGACCAAAAGGGCCCGAUGCCGGAUAAUCAAGAUACAAUUGCGAGUCAAAGUGCAGAUCAAAACAAGACACAAGCCGCUGGCUCCUCUGAGACUCCUCUCAAUCCCGCGGGCAAUACAAGCUCGGCUGACGAAAUUUUGCAGUCCGUUCUUACUUCAUUCAACUAUACAGACCCACGAGUUGCUAUAUUGCAAGAACAAGUCGCAAAGCUCAAGUCGGACCUUCAUUUCAUGCGCAUUGACAAUGAUUCUUCUUUAUCCGCUAUUACCGGAUUGAAUGUGGACAUAGGAACUAUAAAGUCUGAGUUGAAAUUAACCAAAACUGAGUUGAACAUAGCCAAAAACGAGUUGGACAUUGCAUUGGAAUCCAAACUUGGGGCUAUUGAGGAACGCGACCAGGCAAGAUCUAUCGCAGAAGGUACAUCCAACAAAUUGGACGAUGCUCUGAGCUUAGUCAAUGAAUUGAACGCCAAACUUCGGAGCAAAGACGAUGAAAUAGAGAAAUUGCGACUGCAACUCUUUGAGGCGAGAUCUGACAAACCUGCCGAGCAGUCGGACUUGAACCGCAAAUCGCCCUUGAUCCCGACUAAUGCCGCUGUGUCGCAACGUACUUCUUCUAUCUUGAAGGUCGACACAAGCAUUCGCGCAUCGCCAACUGACAUGAGCGACAAUGAAAAAAUCAUUAUCUGGACCCAUGAUGCCAAUCGCUUGGCAAACGAAAUGUGUUUCCUUAGGACUCGUUUGACUAGCCUCCAGGAUCUUUACAAGAAAUCGGUCGAUAUAAAUAAAUUCUAUCAAAAGCAUAUUACAGAUCUUGAUGCAAAGUAUGCCGAAGCGACAGUCCGUUUGAAGAAGCUCGAAGGCCCCAUUGAAGAACGUUUGGACAUAAUCGAGACUACUUUACGCCAACGUGUGGAUGUGGUUGAAACUGAUCUCCACCGUACACAAGAGCAACUUGAUGGUUUCAAGAACAAUUUGACAAAACUCCAAAACGAGAUUGAAUUUACUGAUGAAAAUGAGGGCCCAGAUGCCGGGUGCAACGAUGGUGGAGCUGGUGGUGCAGUUUGA